AUGACUGUAAAAGCGCUUGCUCAAGCAAUGGAUAUUAAUGUUGAUCAUGUUUAUGAUUGUCUUAUUCAUAUAAAAAACGGCGAUCAAUAUUCAUCUGAUAGUCAAGAAAUCGAUGAUUUUAAUGUUAUUGUGGAAGUCAUACAUUUAUGCGGUGGGAAACAUAGACUUAUACCAUCACCUUUUGCAAACGAUAAAAAGAAACCAGUAGCAAAUAUAGCGAAAUUCGUUCGCACACCUAUGCCUCCAAAAGAAAAAUUAAAACUCCGUCCACCUGUUGUUACUAUCAUGGGUCAUGUUGAUCAUGGAAAAACUAGUUUGUUAGAUGCAUUAAGAAAUAGUAAUAUUGUAUCCAGUGAAUUCGGAGGAAUUACACAGCACAUCGGUGCUUUUAUUGUACCCGUAUCGAAAUCAUCGACUGUAACAUUUAUUGAUACACCUGGUCAUUUAGCGUUUGCUGAAAUGCGAGCUCGUGGUGCUCAAGUAACAGAUAUAGUUGUGCUUGUUGUUGCUGCUGAUGAUGGUGUUAUGCCUCAAACAGUAGAAAGUAUUGCACAUGCUAACCGAGCAAAAGUUCCUAUUGUUGUUGCUAUCAAUAAAAUUGAUAAAGCAGAUGCAAAUGUCAAACAUACGGAAACCAUGCUUGCUGAACAGGGUCUUCAACUUGAAUCUAUUGGUGGUGAUGUUGUGGGUGUACCUAUUUCAGCUUUAAAAAAUAUCAACAUAGAUAAAUUACUCGAAUCAAUAUUAGCAGUGGCAGAAUUACAACAAUUACGUGGCGAUUCAAGUGGUCCUGUUGAAGGCACAGUAAUCGAAUCGAAACAUGAAGAAACAGUAUCCGGCACUGACGAAUUCGAUACCAAUCAAAAAAAGGGUAAUCUUGCUACUAUUCUUGUUCAACGUGGUGAAUUAAAAAAAGGAACUAUUUUACUUGCUGGUCAAAGUGUUGCACGAGUUCGAGCUUUAUACAAUGAACGAGGCAUUCAAAUUGAACGAGCAACAUUGAGUAUGCCUGUACAAGUAUCCGGAUGGAAAACAUUGCCAGCUGCUGGUGACGAAGUAUUUGAAGUUGAGAGUGAAAAUUUAGCUAAUCGUAUUGCUGCUCAGCGUAGAGCUGAGGAGGUUGCUCAAAAAAUGGAAGUCGAUGCAGUUGCUGUUACACAAAAACAUGAAGAUCAUUUACAAAAAUAUCGAGCGGAACUUAAACGUCGUCGAGAGUUAGGCAUUGUAUUUCGAAAACGUGAUAAAGGUUCUGGUCAACAUAUUGAAGAUAAAGAAGAAAAACUAAAAUAUUCUAUUCUAAUUAAAACCGAUGUUUUUGGAAGUUUGGAAGCAUUAACAAAUAUUGUUAAUAUGUACAAUGAUACUCGAUGUCCACUUGAUGUAGUUGAUGCAUCAGUGGGCGCAGUUAAUGAUGAUGAUUUAGAAGCAGCUAAGCUAUUUAAUGCAACAAUUUAUGCAUUUAACACCAAUGUAAGUCAAUCAGUAGCACUUGAAGCAGGUCGACAACAAGUACCUAUUCGAACAUUUAAUGUUAUUUAUCAUAUGUUAAAUGAUAUAAAAGGUGAACUAACCAAACGUAUACCAUCGACAGAAGAAGAUGUUCCAACAGGUUCAGCCGAUGUUUUGCAAGUAUUUGAAAUAACCGAUCGUAAUAAAAAAGUACCUGUAGCUGGUUGUCGUGUUACGGAUGGUGCAUUUGAGAAAAAACAAUUAUUUAAAUUAGUUCGUAAUGGUCAAGUUAUUCAUAGAGAUACGCUAUCAUCUUUGAAACAUAUACGUGAUGAUGUACAAUCGAUAAAGAAAGGUAGCGAGUGUGGCCUAUCAUUUACAAAUCAUGAUGUCAAAUUUCAAAAAGGUGAUCAAAUUGUUUGUUAUAGUAUUAGACAAGUUGCGCACGAAGCAAAAUGGGAUUAUGGAUUUUAG